AUGUUUAGAUUCGUGUCAUCAAACACCCAGAAUGGGUUAAAAACAGCAGUAUUGCUGAAAGCUAAACUCACCAAAACUACGUUAGCUCAACUCCCACCUGGACUUUGUUUACAACCGGCUUCUCAAACCACAUCAUUAUCAGCUUCAAAUUCCGUCCAAAAUCUUCAGUUUAUUAGAAAUAAGAAUUUCAGUAGACAUAACGAUGGACCGCGUUAUGAAGAUAAUAGAGGUACACCUACUCGUGUAUGGCUCGAGGAUAAAGACUUCCAAGAAAAAAGUCGCUAUAUUGAUUUGAAAAUGGCCAUUCGUAAGGCAGAUGAUUUGAGAAUGGAUGAAUUGGCAGAAUUAAAAGCAAUAAUGGGUAAGCUUCCCAAAUGGGCUGCAGCCCUCGAUUAUAUCGAUUAUCUCAGGACGUUACAAAAUAUGUCCAUUAAAUGUAGGAAAAUAAGAUUAAAUGGGAAAGAUCGAGUGGAAGGUAAGACGGCCCAAUUUGAAAACGAGGUUACUAUUCAGAAUCUAAUUCUAGAUGUUAAUGAGAUGAUUUUGGAAGGAAAGUUAGAUCACAUCCUUUCUGAUCAAUUGAUCUACAAUACAAUGACCGCAUUAAUGCAUUAUGAAUUAAAUCAGGAAGUACUUGCCAUGUGGGAAAAGGGAAUAAAUCAUUCAACUUUAGGAGAACUAUAUAUGUCUCCGAUAGUUUUGGCGGCAGUUAUUCCGCACGCUUUUGCCUUCAAAAGAUUUACCUAUGAAGAAAUAGCAGAAAUUUAUGACUUGGUUACCAAAGAUGUUCCGACUGUACCUGCUCUUUGCAGUUCUAUGGGAUUUCUUGCCCUCCAAAACGGGGAUUACGGAAGAGCUAUGGAUAUUUUCGAACUAUUAGUUGACGAUCUUAGCAAAGCAGGCAAGUCUAGCGGGCAGCACAGAGCCGCCAUCUCCAGAAUUCAUUGUGGGUUUAUAGGCGAAUGUACUGAUAUCGCGAUUUCUAGAAGUUUCUUUGAAAAAUUGGUCUAUGACUCGGAGAGUUUACCUUAUGUUGUCCAGUUGAAAGUUCCUCAAGUUAAUAGUUUCCUUAAGAAUUGUGCUGAACAAGGACUUCCAUUCGAAGAAAUCACAAGCUAUUAUAACGAUGCCUAUAAAUAUAUAUUAAGCGGGUGGGGAGAUCUUGGUGUUGGUUUCUUUAAUAAUUUGCAUGUCCAUUUUUUUGGCUCAUUUUUUAAGCAAUAUCCUGAAGCAACAGAACAGGCCAGGGAUAAGCUAUGGGAAAUCUUAGCCAAUCAUGCUUCAAUGUCAAAUAUUAUUUUAAAUAUUGUAAUUUCACAAUGUCCUUGGAAUGACCCGAAAUAUGUUCGAGAAUUGCUCGAUUCAUUUGAAUAUCUCAAUAUUAAAAAGAAUCUUGCCAGCUAUCGAACUAUCUUCAAAAAGCUUGGUGAUAUACCAUGUUCAAACCAAGAAAUUAUAGAAAAAUGGAAUGAAUUGUUAAAACAAUUGGAUGACAGCAAAUUCAAGUCCAUUCCCGGACAGGACUGGUCUCUUCUCAGACAACCUACUGUACUCUCCAAUUUCCAGGCAGAAAGAUGCAAUUUAUAUUUAGAAAUUGUAAAAACUUACAAAGAUUACAUGGGAAACGAAGAAGCAUGCACGAAGUUUCUCAAAACAUGGCGUGCUACACAACCUUCAGUCUAUGACUUAGUUAGCAGAAUCACUACGGAAAAAGAUCCUUAUUUUGGAUUUGGGAAAAUCGAAAUCCCUCAAUUUAGAAAUUUGAAACCAAGUGUUAAUUAUAGAAAGGCAACUUUAUCUUAUGUUACGCAACAUCCCGCUGGCUCAAAAGUGGACGACCUUCCAAUUGUUCCUGUUUCUUUUCCAUCCGCUUUUGCACUGACUGUUGGUACUGUUGCUAAAGAACUUGAUAAUAUAUCAAAAGAGAUCGAGUCUCUUUCUGGAAUUAUCCUCGGUAAUGGUUCUAUGAAUGCUAUUUCUAAAGAGGUUGAAAGGGUUGAGAACGAAGUUGAAUCUAUUUCAAAAGAAAUCAAAGCCUUGCAAGCAAAUUCAGUUACUAAACGAGGCAUUAACUUGAUUGCUCAAGAAGUUGAAGCCGUCGUAAAUGAAGUUGAAGCAAUUUCCAAAGAAAUUAAAGCUUCCCAUGGUAAGAGGAACGUAAAUGAUAUUUCUCAGGAUAUCGAAGGUGUAACUAAAGCACUUGGAGCAAUUUCUUUGGAAAUUGCGCAAAUUAUGAACAAAUAG